GUGAGCAUUGUUCCACCGGAAGUACAAAGUAGUUGGUUUCUGGGACAUUUCUUGGUUUUGGUGACGUUCCCUAAUGUGAUCUUUUUAAGAGGCUAACGAAAGUCAGAAGCGUUGCUAACAAGCUCCUUGAAGCCACGGGACUGGGGACGCCACCAGUGUGCGGGUGUUGAUACUCCAGUUGUGUUACUUUUCAUCUCAUUCUCUGUAUGGACUGAGGUCAAAGAUUAUCCUUGUAGUCGUAGCCCCAAAGGCCACACGGUCCCCAGUUGAGUGACUGGUUCGUCAAAUUACAGGCGUCGAAGAGGAAGUCAAGAUGGUUUUAGCCGACUUGGGAAGAAAAAUAACCUCGGCGUUGCGAUCGCUCAGCAACGCCACCAUCAUCAAUGAGGAGGUUUUGAAUGCUAUGCUGAAAGAGGUGUGUGCUGCCUUACUGGAAGCUGAUGUGAACAUCAAACUGGUGAAGCAGCUCAGAGAAAAUGUCAAGGCAGCCAUUGACCUGGAAGAGAUGGCCUCUGGCCUGAAUAAGAGGAGAAUGAUCCAGCAUGCUGUCUUCAAGGAGCUAGUCAAGCUGGUGGAUCCAGGAGUCAAGGCCUGGACGCCCACAAAAGGGAAGAAUAACGUCAUCAUGUUUGUUGGGCUUCAGGGCAGUGGGAAAACCACAACCUGUUCAAAGCUGGCGUACUACUACCAAAGAAAAGGCUGGAAGACAUGUUUAAUAUGCGCAGACACAUUCAGAGCUGGUGCCUUUGAUCAGCUGAAGCAGAAUGCUACAAAAGCCAGAAUUCCCUUCUAUGGGAGCUACACAGAGAUGGACCCUGUCAUCAUAGCUGCUGAAGGUGUUGAAAAAUUCAAAAAUGAAAACUUUGAAAUAAUCAUUGUUGACACCAGUGGUCGACACAAACAGGAGGACUCUCUCUUUGAGGAGAUGCUCCAGGUUUCUAAUGCUGUGCAACCGGACAACAUUGUGUACGUAAUGGAUGCCUCCAUCGGUCAAGCUUGCGAGUCUCAGGCCAAAGCCUUCAAAGACAAGGUGGAUGUGGCCUCUGUCAUCAUCACAAAGUUGGACGGUCACGCCAAGGGUGGUGGUGCCCUUAGUGCGGUUGCUGCCACCAAGAGUCCCAUCAUCUUCAUCGGUACAGGAGAACACAUUGAUGACUUUGAGCCCUUUAAGACACAGCCCUUCAUCAGCAAACUGCUGGGCAUGGGAGACAUUGAAGGUUUGAUUGACAAGGUGAAUGAGCUGAAACUGGAUGACAAUGAAGAGUUGAUUGACAAGCUAAAACACGGCCAGUUCACCCUGCGAGACAUGUAUGAACAGUUCCAGAACAUCAUGAAGAUGGGCCCCUUCAGUCAGAUAAUGGGGAUGAUCCCAGGGUUUGGGACAGACUUCAUGAGCAAAGGAAAUGAACAGGAGUCCAUGGCCAGGCUGAAGAAGCUUAUGACCAUCAUGGACAGCAUGAAUGACCAAGAGCUGGACAACAAAGAUGGUGCUAAGCUAUUUAGCAAACAACCCAACAGAAUCCAGAGAGUGGCCCGAGGUUCAGGGGUCGCAACAAGGGACGUUCAAGAGCUGCUUACUCAGUACACCAAAUUCGCCCAGAUGGUGAAGAAGAUGGGCGGCAUCAAGGGCCUGUUCAAAGGUGGAGAUAUGUCCAAGAAUGUCAACCCCUCUCAGAUGGCAAAGCUGAAUCAGCAGAUGGCAAAGAUGAUGGAUCCAAGGGUCCUUCACCAUAUGGGUGGCAUGGCUGGACUUCAGUCUAUGAUGAGGCAGUUCCAACAAGGGGCGGCUGGCAACAUGAAAGGAAUGAUGGGAUUCAAUAACAUGUGAACAUCUGAGCCUUAACAAAACCCAAUCCCAAUUUAUUUAAACCAUUUUAUUUUAGCAGCUAGGAGAGGGAUCCAAAAUCCAAAACUAUUAUUUUUUUCUGUUAUAUAAUUUACUUCCCCUUUUCUUUGUGAAUUAAUAACAAUGUGCAAACUAAUGUGAUAGGAGAUUAAAUCCUAGUGAUUUUACAGCAUCUGUUGUGGAGGCGAGAGAUUUGAGAUCCGGUAAUGGAGGGUCAUGUUUAAUGUUUUCGAUUUUGAGCGUUGCAAUUAGACUGGAUCAACAUGAAAGGGUGGGAGGGAGUUGUGAAAAGUACAUCUAAUAAGAAUUUAGUUUCUGGCAGUAUUUUGUCAUGAAAUGUUAUAUAAUAAAAUUUGUAUGGCAACGUUUUAA